AUGGUUUCAUUCCCGAAAGUGCUAAAUUCGAACUUAUUACUAGUCGCUCAAUCCAUAUUUCAGGAUCUUGCAACUCCUCAACAAGCUUCAAAUGAUCAAUAUCUGAUAAUAAAUUUCUUAGGUGGUUCAGGUCCAUAUAAACAAGGUUCAAGGUAUGGUAUAAGUAUAGAUAUUCCAAAUGGUUGUUCUGUUGAACAAGUUCAAAUGAUAUCAAGACAUGGAGAAAGAUUUCCAAGUAAAGGAGAUGGUCAAUUUUUUGAUACUAUAAUGGAAAGUUUUAAAAGUUAUGGACAACCAUUUAAAGGUGAUUUAUCAUUUUUAAAUAAUUAUGAAUAUUUUGUAAAAGAUAAAGAUUAUUAUGAGAAGGAAACAUCACCAACAAACUCAGAAGGAACUUAUGCAGGAACUUCAAAUGCAUUGAGACAUGGAACUUACUUUAGGCAAAGAUAUAAUGAUUUAUACGAUAAUACUACAACUUUCACAGUAUUUACAAGUAAUUCUGGUAGAUGUUAUCAAACAGCAAAUUAUUUUGCUAGAGGGUUUUUAGGAGAUACUUAUAAUGAAGAUGAUGUUGAAAUAGUUGUAAUUGACGAAGAUAAAAAAAUGGGAGGUAAUUCAUUAACACCAAGGUAUGCAUGUAAUGCAUUAAAUAAUAUAAAUAAUGAUCAUAUAAGUAAUCAAUUUGAUAAAAGUUAUUUACAAGAUAUUUUAAAUCGUUGGUUAGUUGAUAAUCCUGGAUUAAAUUUAACUACUAAUCAAGUAUCUGGUUUAUUUUUAUGGAUUGCAUUUGAAUUAAAUGUUCGUGGUUCAUCACCAUUUUCAGAUUUAUUUACUAAUGAAGAAUAUAUAAAAAAUGGAUAUAGAAAUGAUUUAGUAAAUUAUUAUUCAAUUGGUCAAGGUAACAAUUUGAGUAUAGUAGUAGGAUCACCAUUAGUUAAAGCAUCCCUUAGAUUAUUACAAGAAUCAGAUCAAAAAAUUAUUCCAAUGUUUACUCAUGAUACAGAUAUGGAAUUUUAUUUUUCAUCAUUAGGAUUAAUUAAUCCAGAAAAGGAUUUACCAACUGAUCAUGUUCAAUUUCCAAAUCCAUAUAGUGCAGCAGAACUUUUUCCUCAAGGUGGUAGAACAUAUUUGGAAAAAUUGAAAUGUGGUUCAAAUCAAUAUAUUAGAUUUAUAAUGAAUGAUGCUGUAUUACCUUUUCCUGGUUGUCAAAAUGGUAUAGGAUUUUCAUGUGAAUUCAAUCAAUAUAUUGAGUUAAUUAAUUCAAGAAUGAAAAAUGUUGAUUAUGGUAAGCAAUGUAAUGUCACCGGACCUGCUGAUUUGACAUUCUUUUGGGAUUAUAAACAACAACAUUAUGAUGCACCUUUGAUUGAUCAAUAG